AUGGUGAUGCAGGUGGAGGUGGGUGCCUGGACGUACCACUACAGCGACCAAGGGGACUACACAUGGGAGCAGGCCAGGAACUACUGCCAGACCUUCUUCACUGACCUGGUGGCAAUCCAGAACAAGCGGGAGAUUGAGUACCUCAACGAGAGCCUGCCCUUCCACGGGCGCUACUACUGGAUCGGCAUCCGCAAGCUGAGUGGCAUCUGGACCUGGGUAGGCACCAAGAAGGCGCUGACGAAGGAGGCGGAGAACUGGGCAGCCGGGGAGCCCAACAACCGCCGCUUCAACCAGGACUGCGUGGAGAUCUACAUCAAGCGUCAGCGGGAGUCGGGCAAGUGGAACGACGAGCCCUGCAACCGGAGGAAAAAGGCACUGUGCUACCAGGCUUCCUGCAAGCCCUUCCCGUGUAGCCGGCGCGGCGAGUGUGUGGAGACCAUCGGGAGCUACCGCUGUGAGUGCUACCCUGGCUUCCAUGGCCCUGAGUGCGAGGACGUUGUGCGGUGCACCGAGCUCAAGCCCAAGGGAGCACGCAUGAACUGCAGCCAUCCCUAUGGAGACUUCAGCUACAACUCCACCUGCGUGUUCGGGUGCCAGGAGGGGUUCGAGCGGCGAGGGGUGGGCACGCUGCGGUGCCUGGCUUCCCAGCAGUGGUCAGCAGACAUCCCCACAUGCACAGCCAUCACCUGCCCAGUGCUCAGCGCACCUGACAGAGGAGAGCUGAACUGUUCCCACCUCCACGGGAACUUUGCCUUCGGCUCCACAUGUGCCUUCUCCUGCCAGAUGGGGUUUGCACUGAUGGGGUCAGAGCUCCGCGAGUGCACGGCCACAGGGACGUGGACUGGGGAUGCCCCACGCUGUGAAGCCAUCACCUGCCCAGUGCUCAGUGCGCCAGACUGGGGAGAGCUGAACUGCUCCCACCUGCACAGGGACUUUGCCUUCGGCUCCACGUGUGCCUUCUCCUGCCAGAUGGGGUUUGCACUGACAGGGCCAGAGAGCCGCGAGUGCACGGCCAUGGGGACCUGGACUGGGGACUCCUCGCAAUGUGAAGCCAUCACCUGCCCAGUGCUCAGCGCACCAGAUCGAGGAAAGCUGAACUGCUCCCACCUCCACGGGGACUUUGCCUUCGGCUCCACGUGUUCCUUCUCCUGCCAGACGGGGUUUGUGCUGAUGGGGCUGGAAAGCCGUGAGUGCACAGCCAUGGGGACCUGGACUGGGGAUACUCCACGCUGUGAAGCUAUCACUUGCCCGGUGCUCAGUGCUCCAGACCGAGGAGAGCUGAACUGCUCCCACCUCCACGGGGACUUCGCCUUCAGCUCCAUGUGUGUCUUCUCCUGCCAGACAGGGUUUGCACUGACAGGGCCAAGGAGCCGCGAGUGCACGGCCAUGGGGACCUGGACUGGGGACGCCCCGCGCUGUGAAGCCGUCACCUGCCCGGUGCUCAGUGCUCCAGACCGAGGAGAGCUGAACUGCUCCCACCUCCAUGGGGAUUUCACCUUCGGCUCCACAUGCACCUUCUCCUGCCAGAUGGGGUUUGCACUGAUGGGGUCGGAGAGCCGCAAGUGCAUGGCCACAGGGACGUGGACUGGGGAUGCCCCACGCUGUGAAGCCAUCGCCUGCCCAGUGCUCAGUGCACCAGACUGGGGAGAGCUGAACUGCUCCCACCUCCACGGGGACUUUGCCUUCGGCUCCACGUGUGCCUUCUCCUGCCAGAUGGGGUUUGCACUGACAGGGCCACAGAGCCGCGAGUGCAUGGCCACAGGGACAUGGACUGGGGAUACCCAGCGAUGUGAAGCCAUUAACUGCUCAGCACUGGCCGCCCCCAAGAUGGGCCAGGCUGCCUGCUCCCACCUCCAUGGGGACUUUGCCUUCGGCUCCACAUGUGCCUUCUCCUGCCAGAUGGGGUUUGCACUAACGGGGCCAGAGAGACGCGUGUGCACAGCCAUGGGGACCUGGACUGGGGACUCCCCACACUGUGAAGCCAUCAGCUGCCCGGUGCUGAACCCUCCCAGCAGAGGCCAGCUGAGCUGCUCUCACAUACACGGGAACUUCACAUACAACUCCACAUGCGCCUUUUCCUGCGAGGAGGGAUUUGUUCGGAUGGGAGCAGAGGUGCUCCGGUGUGCAGCCACAGGGAACUGGACCAGGCAGCCCCCUGUCUGUGCAGAGGACGGUGCCUUCUUAAAGCAAGUCCUGGCUUACAGCAGCGGCACGGCUUUGGUGGUAGCUGGCGUUGUGCUCUCUGGGAUGCUCAUUGCCUUCCUUGCCAAGCGGCUCAGCGACAGAGAGGAGAAGAAGAAGCUCCUGAACCCCACCAGUGACCUAGGAUCGCCGGGCAUCUUCACCAAUGCAGCGUAUGAUGCCAACCUGUAA